UCAAUAAAAAUAUUUUAGAAAUGUCGAAUAAUAUUACACAAGGGAAUAUAAAUAAUGACUUAUACAUGUCUCAAUCUGUGCCUUCCUCCGCUGGGUACAACUGGGACCCCAACUCUAUGAACCAAAAUUACCAAUUCCCCGUGUUCCCUCAAGCCCUCCCACAGCAAAAUGAUAACUGGAGGGCCAAUGUUGACCCCAGACUCAACAAAAGUCCUUGGCAGCCAGAAGAAGAGCUCAUAUUCAUCUCCAAACAUAAGAGCUUUGGUAACAAAUGGACUGAGAUUGCAAAAUCACUUGAUGGCAGAAAUGACAAUGCAGUCAAGAACCACUUUUACUCGAGCAUCCGCAAAGUCAUUAGAAAAAUACGCAAGCAAAAGGUCACGAACGACUUGAAGACCAAUGAUGUUGAGCGAGAACUCACCAUCUACUUGUCCCAGUACAUGCACGAAAUGUACCAGGAGUACCUCAAUAAGAAACGCAUCGAGAAGAAUGUUCCGGUGCCAUUGAGCAGCCAGACAGACCCGAACAGCCAGCCCUUCGGAGCAGAUAUGGACGAAGAAGCCAAGCAGCAAACAGGCCCCAGCCCGAAGAAGGGCGACAAGUACAUCAUCAGGAAGCUUGUCUCGAUGAAGAUAAGUCCUGGCCAGAUCCAAGACUUCGUCAACUUGGUCACCACUGGGGCUCAGGGUGCGGGAGCCAGCGCAGGGUUCCGAGGAGGUCAUGCUAAUUUGAACCCAGCAUACUUCAACGGAGCUUUUGGGCAGCCUCAGGCGCACUCAUCGCACAUGAGAUCGAAUUCAUGGUUUGGCAGCGAUCCAGGGAUGAACUUACUGUGCAACCAGAACAUGGGGAUGUAUGACCCUAACAACCUCGCUCAGAGUUUUGCUCAAAUGAGUUUGAUGAAUGCUAAUAAUUCACAAACUAAUCUAGGUUUCGGAGGAAACAUUUAUGGAAACUUUGAAGGUCAGCUAAGCAGUAUACCUCCACAUAUGAAGCAGUCUAAUAAACAUGUCCGUUCAAACUCAAUAAGUGCAAUGCCAUCUGGUAUUAAUAAGUUAGACCUUACCUCCCACAACUCAGACACAACAGGUAGUAAUCCAUCUUAUAUGGGAGGAUUCACAGGGCUAAACCAGGUGAAUCAAAAGCCUUCUCAUGAUGAUAGUUCAUUCUGCAAGUGUAAUAGCUCAACUUCAGUAGGAUAUUCACUAACAAAGCCUUUAUUGCCACCAAAUUUGAAGCUACGGAAAGCAGAGAGUGAUGUAGUCUCGAAUAGUUCUUAUUCCUCUAGAUCAGACAUGGCCUCGAUUAAUGAUAAUGUCUCAGUAUCUUCUCUGGACCUGUCCUUUGAUGCUGCAGGCAAUCCAAUGUUCAAAAAGAACAUAAAGACUUCUGCCUUUGCAAAAGUCAAAGGUGGCACUGAGAAUUAUGAGUCAGUCAGCGAAGAUGAAAGCCAAAAUUCAGAAAAUAAUAAUAAAAAUCAAGACAAUUCUAAUCCUAGUCCUGUAUAUCAAGCUCAAAGAUUCCGCAGGGAGAACUCUGAAGAUAACAUAUGUAUAUCAAAACAAUCUCAGAAGAAAAAGUCAAGUUUCUUCCAUUUAAAACAAAAUGAAGAUAGUGACGAGGACUAAGACAUUCCGAUUGUAUAUCCAGUUUCUAAUUAAAAUAGCUAUAGCUCCAUUUUUUAAUAUUCUCUGCGU